UGAGUACUCUGUAGGAGUAGGUAGUUUAAGUGUGAGAGAAGGUGUGUGCAACAAUCUCUUUGCCUGUAUCACGGACUACUCUGCUCGUCUGGGAGAGAACAGUGCAUGUAUCUCCCUGACUCAGCAUUCUGUCAGCAUCUGUAGCAUCCUCAGUCUGUUGCUAGGGCAACUGAGUCCAAGUCCACUGCCAGUCUGGGGUCAUAUGUUCAGAGAAGAAUACCUGGAAGAAGAUGAGGAACCACCUUUGCUGCUCAGCUCUUGUCCUUCUCACGGUGUUUUGCUCUGGAGGGACUGUAGCCGUGCAGUGUCCCUGGGGGGAGGGGUGUGUGUGUCUGCGGUGCCCCAGUGGCCAGGAGCCAAUCAAGGCUUGUGGGCAGGUCAAGGGACCAGGCGAGGUGGUGCAAUGUCAGUCUUGUCCAGCAGGCACGUUUUCAGAUGGCUAUGACUCUGAUCAAUGUCGCCCACACUCCUCCUGCGGGGUCCUCAACAAAAUGGUGGUAACCUCUGGUACAUCACACUCUGAUGCUGUCUGUGGAGACUGCCUGUCUGGGUUCCACCCCACUGCUGGGAGGUCAGCCUCCACCCUGGUCUGUGUGAGAGCCCCCCCUUAUCUCUCCCCAGCCCCCCCGGCCCAGUCUACCCACGUGCGUGCAGUGCGUACGGUAGGUAAGGGUUUGGCGGGAAGUGGCGGCCUGUCGGUGAACGGUACGGCAGUGCGGAACCCGGAGGAGAAGAGUACAGAGUAUGCCGUGUUCGUCCUGGUGCCAAUCUUCUGUGUGAUGGGACUCCUGGGGAUCCUCAUCUGUAAUAUCCUCAAGAAGAAAGGAUACCACUGCACUGCUGAGAAGGAGGGAGGAGACGAGGAGAAUGCCACACCACAGAAAGAGGGUAACAGUUGUCCCUACAUCGUAGAUGAUUCUAAUGAAGACACCAUCAGUGUUCUGGUACGCCUCAUCACAGAGAAGAAAGAGAAUGCUGCUGCCCUGGAGGAGCUGCUAUUGGAGUACGAGAGUAAACAGAUGGACAUCAGCAAAGCCUCUGCAAUCAA